CAUACCAUUAUGAAUCUCAAAAUGGCGGGCAGUUCAGAGGGAGAUAUUCUGGCCCAUGUUCAACGGACAAUAACCGAGUUCCCAGAAUCAAGUGAGCCUGAUAAUAAUGAUCAUGAUGAAUCUGUUGAAAACCAGCCUCCCAGGGGCCUGGUUAAUUUGGUGGAAACACAGGGGCAGAUUUUUACCACAGAUGAUGGGGAGGAUGGUCCUGGUGACCUGAAAGCAAAAUAUUUGAAAGAAAUAGCUGAACUGGAGCAAGAAGUGGCUUUAUUAGAAGAGGAGUAUAUGUACAAACAGACAGUGGAAGGCCUUCAGCUAAGUUGGGACCAGUUGGAGCUUAUUUUACAGUGUGUUGAAUCAUCAUCAUCAUCAAACUAUGAAGAGGCCCGCAAGGAAAAAGCUGAAACUUUAAAAGAACAGGUAAAGGCCCAUUUCCUUAAAAGUCCCUUUGUUCACCUUGGUUUUAAUCCUAAAGACAAUUGGAGAGGCCCAGCCCAGAACACACAAUAGAAAUACAUAUACAGUUGCUGUACAACCAAAUGUUGACCAGAAGCUGUUCUAGUUCAGUUUUUCAGCGAGGUGAUUUGUGUUGUUCAGAUUCUGAUCGAGGUGUGUUUCUAUUGAAAGCUUUUCACUGUGUUAACGGGGUGAAUGAAUCAUUGUUUACACUGAGUACCCACUCAGGUCAGCACUGAGUGGGCUUCAUAGCCAAUCGGCUGUUGACCCAAACAUUGAACAAUAAAACCAAACACUGCUCAAAAAUAUUUAAAAUGUUUCUCUUAAGGAAAACCAAAUCUUGAUAUAAUAAAUGAUUGUCACAUUUUCAAUAAAAUGGUGUGGAGAUGAUAACAAAGAAAAGGGACAAAGAGUUCAACACGCAACAAAGAGAACAGUGAUUGUAAUAUCUUUAAGGUAAACCAACAAAUAAAAGAAGCCAAGGACAAAGAGCAAUAACGGCAGGGUUUUUUUGUAAGGUGCUUUUGUAGUGGUGCUUUUGUGUGGAAGUGGAGUCCGAUUCACUGCAGGCAGGUGUUCCGGAGGUCACGGAGUAAGGAGCGACAAGAUAUGAUCCUCUUUCUAGAUAGGGAUCAUGCAGGUUACAAUAGUAAAUGGACUGCACAGUUAACACAGUUGUGUGUUUACUGGACUUGGUGAUAUGAAACUGGGGGGCACCUGCCUUCAUGUUAAUUUUUGCUUCUGCUGAACAAUUACGGAAUUUUAGAAAAUUGAGUGGGAAGUCAUGUUUUGCCUAAUUUGGCCUUUGUUUUGGUUCAGUUGUACGAAAAAUGCUGCACUAAAUUAAGUACAGUUUUGUUUAAAAAAAAAUCUAAUGCCUGUUUGUGAAGUAAUUCUGCAAGCUCGUGUUUUUCAGCCCUUGUAAAGGAUUUCUCUAAAGGGACAUUCUUGUAUUGAUUUUGUAUUACUUGAGGAUAGAGUUAAAUGUUCGAGUAUUACUGGUAAAAAAUAGAAAUAAAUCAUACAGAAGUUUUGUCUAUUUUGUUUUUAGGAUGAGAAUACCUUAAGGUAAUUCAAGUUAAAAAUAACACUACAUAUGAAACUUAACCUUCAAUUAUAGCAAGUAGCAAUUCAUACCAUGCUCAUGAUAAAAUAAGUGGCUCAUGUUUUUAGACACUUAAUUGCCAACCUUAGAGGGCUUCUGUGGAAAAGAUUGUUAAAAAGAAAAGAUGGAUCUCUACCAUG